UGUGUGCGUGUGUACACGAGCUCUGUGCACACUCAGGUGUCCCUGUGCACGGGGGGUGGUGCAGGGUGCUGGACUGAGCUGUUCCCAGCUGGGCUACGUCAAGGAGGAACCUGAGCUACCAGCCAAGGGCACCCAGAGCUGCCUGCCAAGUGUCUCCUGGCAGCGGGUGCAGAGGUGCUGCGGGUGCCGGAGCCAGCAGAACCUUCCCCACUCAUUCACCAGGCACAGUGCGGGUGUGGACGAGCAGUGACCCUGCCAUGGCUGGACAGGACACCCUGGCUGGAGGAGGCGGCCGUCUGGACGCAGACCCCAUGGGGAACGCCAGCGUGGAGCCCCCCAGCAACGUGGGCGCCCUGCAUCAGGGCUGCGCCUGGACCCUCCCGGCGGAGGGGGCUGAGGAGGCGCUGCGGGUGCCCACGUUCUCACCCGCUGCCCAGGCGCGUGUGGCCAUCACCUUUGCCCUGUUCGCCCUCUCCGCCGGCUGCAACCUGGCGGUGCUGCGUGCGGCGGGGGCCCGGCGCGGGGCCCGGCGCUCCCACGUCCGCCUGCUGCUGCAGCACCUCGCUGCUGCCGACCUGCUGCUCACCGUGGCCGUGAUGCCGCUGGACGCCAUCUGGAACAUCACGCUGCAGUGGCGGGCGGGCGACCUGGCCUGCCGCCUCCUCAUGUACCUCCGCCUGCUGGCCAUGUACGCCUCUGCCUUCGUCACCGUCGUCAUCAGCCUGGACCGGCAGGCGGCCAUCCUGCGCCCGCUGGCCAUCGCCCGUGCCCGGAGGAGGAACCGCAUCAUGCUGCAGGUCGCCUGGCUCCUCAGCGCGGUGCUCUCAGCACCACAGCUCUUCCUCUUCCGCACGGUCACAAUCACCAUCCAGCCCCUGCACAACUUCACGCAGUGCACCACGCUCGGCAGCUUUGCCCAGCCCUGGCAUGAGACCUUCUACAACAUGCUGGGCUUCACCUGCCUCUUCCUGCUCCCACUGCUCAUCAUGGUCUGCUGCUACACCCGCAUCCUCCUGGAGAUCUCCCGGCGCAUGGGCUCCAGCCUCUUCUCCUCCCAGGAUGCAUCGCUGCGGUGCUCCAGGAACAACAUCCCCAGAGCACGGCUGCGUAUGCUGAAGAUGAGCCUGGUCAUCGUCUCCUCCUUCAUCCUCUGCUGGACUCCCUACUACCUGCUGGGGCUGUGGUACUGGUUCUGCCCCCGGGCCAUGGAGAAGAGGGUCUCGCCCGCCCUCGCCCACAUCCUCUUCAUCUUUGGCCUCUUCAACGCGUGUCUGGACCCCAUCACCUACGGACUCUUCACUAUCCCCUUCCGGAGGGGCUGGGGCUGCCCCUUUGGGCACAGACCCAAGCCCCAGCCGCCCUCCCUGGCCACCGGCUCCUUCCACUGCUCGGCCUCGUCCCUUCCGCAGCAGCGGGAGCUGCUCGCAGGCACCAGCUCCUGACACAGCAGCUCCCUGUGAGGGAGCACGGUCCUGCGCCACGGGGAUGCCCCGGGGUGCUCAGCUUGGGGGACAGCAGCAGUAGGACAGGUCUGCCAGGGUUUGGGGAGUCACUGCCGCUGCCUGCACCCCAAAGUGCCUCUGCCGGUGGUGGGGCUGCUGCGGGUGCCUCCAGCCCCUUUUUCUGCCUGCCAAGCUCUGUGUGGCAAUAAAGCACCCCAUGGCCA